AAUGACCCUGAAGGUGCCAUGGCUUCAGUGACUCCUAUACAGGAAAUCCAAGAGGAAACCAAAUGUCCCAUCUGCCUGGAAUAUCUGACAGACCCAGUGACCAUAGAUUGUGGACACAACUUCUGCCGAGGCUGCAUCACUCUGCACUGUGAGACAUGGACAGAGGGGGACUAUGACCCUUUGUGCUGCCCCAGUUGCAGAGCCCUGAUCCAGAAAGGAGCUCUCCGGAAUAACUAUCAGCUAGCAAAUAUAGUGGAAAAAAUAAAACAACUGCUUUUAGGAACAGGAAAUAGCAAUCUGUGUGUGAGACACCAGGAGAAACUUAACCUGUUCUGUGAAGAGGACUGGGAAGCUGUGUGUUUGUUUUAUGAGAGAUCCCCUGAGCACAGGUCUCAUACAGUGCUUCUCAUGGAGCAGGCUGCCCAGAAAUACAAGGAAAAAAUUCAGGCCCAUCUGAAGACACUGAGAGAAGAGAGAGAAAAGCUGCUGGGAUUUAAAGUGGCUGGAGAGUGGAAGAGCCAGGAGUAUUUGAAACAGACACAAACCAAGAGGCAGAAAAUUGUAUCUGAAUUUCAGCAGCUGAGGCAGUUCCUGGAGGAACAUGAGCGACUCCUGCUGGCCCAGCUGGAAAAUUUGGACAAGGAGAUUGGGAAGAUGCAAAGUGAAAAUGUCACCAAACUCUCUGAAGAGAUUUUCUGUCUUAGUGAGCUGAUCCAUGAGAUGGAAGGGAAGUGUCAGAAGACAGUGAAUGAAUUCCUGCAGGAUGUCACAAGCACCUUGAGCAGGUGUGAGAAGGGGAAAUUCCAGCAACCAGUGGAGAUUUUUCCUGAACUGGAAAAGAGACUCAGCAAUUUCGCGGAGAAAUCUAUUGCUCUAAUGGAGGCUCUGAGGAAAUUCAAAGACACUCUGCUGUCUGAAGUGAAGACAAAAAGAGGGGGAUCCCUGGGAGCACAUAUACAAGCAAAUGUGACUCUGGAUCCAGACACGGCUCAUCCCAACCUGGUCCUGUCAGAGGAUCGGAAAAGUGUGAGAUGUGGACAUGCAUGGAAGGAUCUGCUCAACAACCCUGAGAGAUUUGACACUGAGCUCUGUGAGCUGGGCUGUGAGGACUUCACCUUGGGGAGACAUUGCUGGAAAGUGGAGGUGGGGGAUAGGGGAUCCUGGUCUGUGGGGGUAGCCAGAGAGUCUGUGAGGAGGAAGGGAUGGAUCAGCCUUAAUCCUGAGGGAGGGAUCUGGGCUGUGGAGUGGUACUGGUGGGGUCAGUUCUGGGCUCUCAUCUCCCCUGUGACCCCCCUGCCCCUGAGCCGGGAGAUCAAGAGGAUCCGGGUUUGUCUGGACUGUAAAAGGGGUCAGGUGACAUUUUUUGAUGCUGAUAACGAGGCCCCGAUCUUCACUUUCCCUUCGGCCUCAGUCCUUGGUGAAAGAAUCCACCCCUGGCUCUGGGUAGGGGCAGAAGCUCAGCUCAGACUGUGUCCCUCAGGCAUGGGGUGGGGAGACUAUACCACUGGGGACCCUGGAAUCAGCCUCUGA